AGUCUCGGUGACUCCUCCCGGUUGGAGCCCGGGAGAGAGGACAGGGAGACAAAUAAAAGGCAGCUGGUGCUGCAAGACACUAGUCUCCAUCCCCUGCACUUGCGACCCACCGCAGGCUCCUUCACACAGCACCCUAAACCCCGCGCCCCGUUUCGAAUCCGGUUCUGCUCCCGUAGCCCUCGCCUCUCCAGCGCUCCAGCCCCAUCGUCCCGGAGGGCGUCAGGAUGAAGGCGGCCCGCUUCGUGAUGCGCAGCGCCGGCUCACUGAGCAGCGCCGGCCUGGUGCCCAGGGAGGUCGAACUCUUCUCUCGCUACAGCCCGUCCCCGCUGUCCAUGAAGCAGCUGCUGGACUUCGGUUCACACAAUGCAUGUGAAAGAACUUCUUUUGCAUUUUUGAGACAAGAAUUGCCUGUGCGGCUAGCCAAUAUCCUGAAGGAAAUUGACAUCCUCCCUGAUCGAUUAAUAAAUACCUCUUCGGUACAGUUGGUUAAAAGCUGGUAUAUCCAGAGCCUAAUGGAUUUGGUGGAAUUCCAUGACAAAAGCCCAGAUGACCAAAAAGCCCUAUCAGACUUUGUAGAUACACUCAUCAAAGUUCGAAAUAGACACCACAAUGUAGUCCCUACGAUGGCACAAGGAAUCAUAGAGUAUAAAGAGGCCUGUACAUUUGAUCCAGUCACCAAUCAAAAUCUUCAGUACUUUUUGGAUCGAUUUUAUAUGAACCGUAUUUCUACUCGGAUGCUGAUGAACCAGCACAUUCUUAUAUUUAAUGAUGAGAAGACAGGAAACCCAACCCACAUUGGAAGCAUUGAUCCAAACUGUGAUGUGGCAACAGUGGUCCAAGAUGCCUUUGACUGUUCAAAGAUGCUCUGUGAGCAGUACUAUCUAACAUCUCCGGAAAUGAAGCUCACACAAGUGAAUGUUAAAUCUCCAGGCCAAGCAAUUAACAUCGUAUAUGUUCCUUCUCAUCUUCAUCAUAUGCUCUUUGAAUUAUUCAAGAAUGCAAUGAGGGCAACCGUUGAGCACCAGGAAAACUGCCCUUCCCUUGCGCCAAUUGAAGUGAUUGUGGUUUUGGGAAAAGAAGACCUUACAAUUAAGAUUUCUGACAGAGGAGGUGGUGUUCCGCUGAGGAUUAUUGACCGCCUCUUCAGUUACACAUACUCCACAGCGCCAACACCUGUGAUGGAUAAUUCCCGGAAUGCUCCUUUGGCUGGUUUUGGUUAUGGCUUGCCCAUUUCUCGCCUCUAUGCCAAAUAUUUUCAAGGAGAUCUGAAUCUCUACUCUUUGUCAGGCUAUGGAACAGAUGCUAUCAUCUACUUAAAGGCUUUGUCUUCUGAGUCCAUAGAAAAACUCCCCGUCUUUAACAUGUCAGCUUUCAAACAUUACCAGAUGAGUUCUGAGGCUGACGAUUGGUGUAUCCCAAGCAAGGAACCAAAGAAUCUGGCAAAGCAAAAAGUGGCCAUGUGAAGAGUGACGUUCAGGAUACUCUAUGGGAUCAAAGUGGGUCUAGGGCAGUGUUGCUGCUUGAACAUUUGUAUGUGAAGUCUUGUUUCUGCAAAGACAAAUCAUGGCAACAAAAACAUUAAUCCAUUGAGGAAUGGUGUUUGUUUCCAUGACUCAGGAGAAGACAGGGCAGAGCUAUGGGAGUUAGCUGAGGGCCAGAUCCUUGUUCUGUAAUGUAGAAUAACUCUUAAAUGUCUCCAAGUCCUGGAAAAGUUAGAUUCUGUUUUUCAUCUCUUACCAGGAGGCAUGGAGAAGGGAGUGAAAAAUGAAGACAGACGUUAGCAGUUUCGAUAGGAAGAUAUUUUAGAACAUCUUGUUGACAUCAAAAGAUACUGGUACUUGAUGGUAUCAAGUGUUAAGACACCAGUACUUUCUUUUUUUUUUUUUUUUGGUACCAGGGAUCAAACUCGGGUCCUUGCGCUUGCGCAGCAGGCGACGAAAUCACUGAGCUAAAUCCUUGGCCCGACACCAGUACUUUCCUGCCAUGCAAAGUUUAGUUUACACUAUGUGAUGAGAAAUGUAUAUAAAUGUACAUUUCAUACUGUAUUUCAUACUGUAUUUACAUGCUCUAGGGAGAAAAGGAUGAUGACUAAAAUAAUGUUCACUGUAGUUAAAAGAGGAAGAAUGAGUCAAAACAUUUUAUUCAAAGUUGCAGCCAAGACAAUAAGCCUGUGUAAAAACUCAGAAGAAAGCCUCUUCUGAUCAGUAUAACUCUUUUAUCAUGCUGCUUUUUCUGUUCAUACUUCACACAGUAAGCCAGUGCUUAUUGCCAGGUGCCUAGUCUUUGGUGAACUGUUCAAGGUGAACUCAGGAAGUUGGAGGUUGGAGAGAGAAAAGAAUUGCCAAAGUGACAGCAAAGCUACACCUUACCUUACUUUGUUUAUAAAUGAAACAGUAGGUUGGAAAAGCUAAGGGUAGGGAAAAAAAUCUCCUAUUAAGUACCUAAACUCAGCUGAGUUUAGAACUGUUCUCCACCAUGUAGUGGCAGUAAUGCAAAGGCAUCCAUUUAUUAAGCUUUAAAAAUUGUAUUUUUGCUAUAUUUGAUUAUAUUCUGUACACUCCAGCGUUAACAUAGCUGUUAAACAUUUUCUAAUUUUCAAAUGGCCCAAGAACAUUAGAAUUUAAAUACUUUUUGGAGCAUUUUUUAAAAAUAACAAAUAACCUGGAAGUAAGAAGUUCUCAUGCCCAGGAUGCUUUCAUCUGAAAAUCGCUGAGAUUGAGAGAUAAUCAGUGAAAGCUGUAAUGCAAAUGGCUCUUUGGAGAAUUCAGGUGGACUGCCCAGGUCUGCAGCCUAUUCAGAUAAGUGAAGACAUGGAAGACAGAAGGAAGGAAAAGAAGAAGGGAGGAAAUCAAAAGGCAAGCAUCUUUCUAUUUUCCCCACAAAUUAUUCCAAGGAUUGAUUUGUAUUUUUAUGGGUGAAUUAUUGACAAGAGGAUGAAUUGAUGUCUUUCAAAGCAGUAUGCCUUCUUUUAGUGGCUCCCACUCUUACAAGAUAAUAGGCUUAUCUUGAGAUAAUAAACUCAUCUAUGUCAAAUUGUGUAUGAACUGACAUAUAGGAAGAAACCUAAAAUUUUCUCUAUUUAAAAAUAAUCAAUACUGUUUAUAUGUUGAAUUCAAUAUCUGUAUUUAACUUUGUGAUGAUCUAGACUCUAAGUCCUAAAGUUGUGGUGCUUCUGGUUGUGGCAAUAGAAGCCACAACCCUUUGUUGUGGAUUUCAGAUAUUGUCAUCAAAAGUCUCAACAGUGACUUUUCUGGAUGGUGGGGCUUUGACUUGUGCAUUUAUUGAUUACACAGAACUCUUUGCAGUAGGUUGUUUGUGGUUUUAGUUUUUUUAUUGAAAUUUGAGCAAAACAUUUCUGCAUGUAAAUACUUGUAUUUACCAAAGAUUCGGAGCAGUUGAUUAAUUAACCUAAACACUGCAAAUAUCUUUAAAAUACUAAAAAGUCAAUAAAAGAAACGUUAGUAACUCGAUCACAUCAAUUGUGUAAGUAAAUAUAAAGUCUACUUUGGUAUUUGGAGUAGAUGGAAGAUCCUUCCAAUUAUAGUGGAUGGGUACUGAGUGCUCAGACCCACUUAAAUUAUUAAUGUAUGAGUUCUGUUCUUGUCUUUAAGCUAUGUACAGAGAAAUGUGAUAAUUUUUAUAAUAAAUAUUUUUAUUAUAAUAAUA